CCAAUGCCUGAUCUCAUGGGGUUAGUUUGGAGCCCACGACUAUGGCAUCAUCAACCUCCGUGCCAGCUCCUCGUUCCAGGUCCAAAAAGCCUCUGGGCAAAAUGGCUGACUGGUUCAGGCAGGCCCUGUCGAGAAAGCCCACAAAGACGCCCGUCUCCCCAGAAAACACCCGCAGUGACGGUUCACAGCCGAGCUCCUCGGACAGGCCCCCACCCCUGGGCCCCAGCUCAGAGGUGUCUCCCACCCCGCCACCGACACACUCGGGCGCCCACGGCAGCAGUAGCAGCAGCGGCGGCGGCCGCUGGAGCAAGGACUAUGAUGUGUGCGUGUGCCACAGCGAGGAGGACCUGGCGGCCGCCCAGGAGCUGGUCUCCUACCUGGAGGGCAGCACUGCCGGCCUGCGCUGCUUCUUGCAGCUUCGCGACGCAACCCCCGGCGGCGCCAUAGUGUCCGAGCUGUGCCAGGCGCUGAGCAACAGCCACUGUCGCGUGCUGCUCAUCACACCGGGCUUCCUCCGGGACCCGUGGUGCAGGUACCAGAUGCUGCAGGCGCUGAGCGAGGCCCCCGGGGCGGAGGGCCGCACCAUCCCUCUGAUGUCGUCAGGCCUCAGCAGAGCCGCCUACCCCGCCGAGCUCCGAUUCAUGUACUUUGUGAACGGCUGGGGUCCCGACGGUGGCUUUCGCCAAGUCAAGGAGGCUGUCACACGGUAUCUGCAGACCCUCAGCUGACACUUCUUACAUCAACAUGGAUGCAGACAGUUGGAGCAAAG